AUGGGUGGGGAUUUCAACUGCAGAGUAUCAGAUUUGAACCAAUUUGAUUCUGGAGCUUUUGAGUACGUGAACACCUUUUACCCAGAAAGGUCCUCUAGGGACAGAUUCUCCAAUUCUAGAGGUAAAACAUUUAUGGCUUAUAUGGAGGUUAAUGAACUGGUCCUCAUAAAUGGCCGCUUUCCUAGUGACUCUCCAGCAGAUUUCACAUUCAUAGGACCCCAAGGAUCAAGCAUAAUAGAUCUUGUAUGGUGCUCUAUGAAAGGCCUCAACCUCUUUUCUGAUCUACACGUGUUACAUCUAGCUUCCCUCUCUGACGACCUUCCUGUUGUGCUAACUAUGGCAUUGCCACCUCCACUUCCGGAGAAUGAAUUCGAGGUUCUUGAUUUAAAUCAGUUGUUUUUCGAUAAAUGUAAAGUAGAUGCCUUCGCCUCUCUGAUAAAAUGGAGGGAAGAGGUAGCCAACAUUGAUCAGGGGAUCGACGACCUAAACACAGUACUAACUAAAACUAUAAAAGAUGUAGCAUUCGAACUAGAUAUGCGAAAAAAGCACUCUAAUUUGAUUUAUUAUAAACGCAACCCAUGGUUCGACGACGAAUGUCGCGAUGUGAAAAAACGGGAGGCCUUAGUAACCAAAUUUGGAGCAAAUGCAUAUCCAUUUACGAUGGCAUUGAUGCCAUUAGCACCACCCUCAGUUCAAUUAGUUCCGGCUAAAGAAUACAGUGGAGCACCAAUCGGUACCAGUUAUGAUGUUCGAGUAUUUGUUGCGGAGAGACCUGAUGAGAAAUUGAUAAGAAAAACAACAAUGGUUCGCAUGGGAAUCAGAGUAAUUCAAGGUCCAACUUCACCCCCAUCAACAAACACACUUUGUAACGUGCCUUCCACUACAGGGCUGCCAUUGCCUAGCAGAAUUCAGGGCUGCGAUCCUCAUAAGAUAAAAGUUUCAUACAACGAUAUCACCUACACUGAUAUCACGGAAGCAGAAGAACCAGAAAUUCCUCAUGCAGUGGUGGAAAAGCAAUUUCUGCUGAGCGACGGUCGCGUGCGUCUAGAAGCAAGUUUGAGUCAUGCAAAUUAUGCUCACGGAGAUCCAAUCAUAGUUCGUGUUCACGUCACCAACAACAGUAAUAAGACAGUCAAAAGGAUCGAGGCGUUUGUAGUUCAACAUGUGGAUGUAUGCAUGUUCAGUAAUGGAAAAUUCAAGAAUAUUGUGGCCCUAGUUUCAUCACGAGAUGGUUGUCCAGUGGAUCCGGGUUUUACGCUCACGAGGAGUUAUACUCUAAAGCCCGAGAGAAGCUCAACAAAAAACUGGAUUGCUCUGGAAGACAGUUACACCAGUAAAUCUAGUGGAAAUUUAGCAGCGACAGUUGUAUGUGCCGGAAAAGCACCAGACGACAGAAACGUCUUCGCUAUUUACGUCUCCUACUACGUCAAGGUGAAACUGGUGGUAUCCCCAAUCGGGGAAUGGAUAGGGGGUGGAAUAUCAGUGAAGCUACCAUUUACGUUGCUGCACAGUGACCAGGAUCCGGAUUUAAAUUUAGCGGGCAGCCCCUCGUCAAUCAGAGAUUCAUCAAGGGUCCUAGAAAAAAUCGUGGAGCACUCCAAGCCCUCGGGAGACAAAAAGGAAAAAAAUCCUCGAGAAAAGACAGAGGUUAUCACCAAAACCAAAGAAGAAAUGAUGUCAGAAGCGGAUUUGAUAGAGGACUAUGACGAGUCAAAAACCACCUGA